CGGCGACGGCGACUCCUGCGCUGGCUGGUUCCUUGGGCGCUGCUCAGUACGCCGGCAGCUUUCUCCGUGUGCGUACCAAACAGCGCAGCAGCUGUGCCUGAGAUAAAAAUAAAACUGAAGUAACAAAAGUUGUAACACUAAGAGAUCAGCAUCAUGAUGAUCUUGAACUCUUUGUGAUCGCUCAUUGCUCUGAUCGCAGAUCGCUGAUCGUUGAUCGAUUUUCGCGCCGCAGCUUUUGUCGCCUGCACGCAUUGAGUUCGUCAAGUGCGGCAGUCUCUUACCUCUAGCUUCACUUCACGCCACGUCGAACUGAAAGUAUCUCAACGCUUGACGCUUGACGCUUGAUUAAUUCGCUCGUCGGCAAGCUGAAACUUAAUUUAAUUUAGUUUUGUUUUUGUUUUCUUGGCUCGUUUUGCGAAAUAUUCAAAUAAACACAUCUCGUACUCGCACUCAUCGCGGCCGCAAUAAAAACAAACCUUUAACUACCUGCCCAAACACUGAAACAACAACAACAACAACCAACACAUUAACCAACAACAACUCUCGAGACUGGGCCACAUUUGUUGUUGCCGCUGUUGCGGCUUCGGAGCGAUAUGCGGUUAUUCAUGGUAAUUGCAAUUUUAAUAUUUGCAAUGCCAAUGACGGGAUUCGGCUGGGCCGAGGGCACGAACAUUUUACUCGAUCCAAAUCUAAUGUGCAAAAAGACGCGACGUCUGCGCGGCAAGCUGGCAGACAUCUGCCGGCACGACUCGGCGCUGCUUAAAGAGAUCAUCAAUGGGAUUAACCUGGGCUUCCGCGAAUGCGAGUUUCAGUUUCGCAAUCGUCGCUGGAACUGCACGGUGCUGCGCAAAAGCAUGAGGAAAAUCUUAAUGCGCGAUUCUCGUGAGACGGGCUUUGUGAAUGCCAUAACGGCGGCGGGCGUUACCUAUGCGGUCACCAAGGCCUGCACCAUGGGUCAGCUGGUGGAGUGCUCCUGCGACAAGUCUCAUGUGCGCCGCAAUGGUGGCCAGCCGCAAAUGGUGAAUGCAGCCACGGCGGAGGCAGCGCUCGAGCGGCAGCAGCAGGCGGCAAUGCUGCGGCAACAUCAGCUGCCACAUCGCAGCCACAACAACAGCAAUAGCAACAGCAUGACGGAUCUUUCACUGGACAGACAACGCAGCGGGCAUCGACAGGGUGGCCGGCGAGGACGGCGCAAGUUCUGGGACAACAUCAAGUUUCCGUCGGGCGAGUGGGAGUGGGGCGGCUGCAGCGACAAUGUGAACUUCGGGCUGCGACACUCGCGCGCCUUCCUCGACGCCAAGCAGCGGCAGCGGCGCAGCGAUCUGGGCACACUGGUCAAGCUGCACAACAACAAUGCCGGGCGUUUGGCGAUUCGCGAUGCGAUGCGCUUGGAGUGCAAAUGCCAUGGAUUGUCCGGGUCGUGCACGGUGAAAACCUGCUGGCUGAAGAUGCCGCCGUUUCGUGAGAUAUCGGCACGACUGCGCGAUAGAUACGAUGGGGCGCGCAAGGUGGCGCUACGGAACGAUGGCAAUAGCUUCAUGCCGGAGACGCCGCACACGAAGCCGGCGAACAAAUAUCAGCUGGUCUAUGCUGAUGAUUCGGCAGACUUUUGCACAGCGAACCCAAAGACCGGAGCGCUGGGCACACAGGACAGGGAAUGCAAUGCCACAUCGUCGGGCCCCGACAGCUGCGAUGCGCUCUGCUGUAGUCGGGGGCACAAGCAUCGCGUGGUUACCGAGUGGACCAACUGCAACUGCGUCUUCAAAUGGUGCUGCGAGGUGACGUGCGAGAAGUGCCUGGAGCAUCGCGAGGUCAACACCUGCCUCUAGACGGGCGCACCGGGGUACGGGUAUUUUUGGUUUUUGGGGUUUCAGUUUCGGCAUAGUCAUGAACACAUUUGAAAGCUUUCCAUUUCGCGUGAUAAACAACAGUUUGAAACACACAACGUUUUGCUGCAGUCCACACUUAAGUAUUAACUAACACUAGAGAGUAUAUAUACAUAAAAAAACACUACGUAAACGAGUUUUAGCCAGGCGCUAGGCCAAACUAGCUGUAAAUACUACUUAUAUAUCCUCAAUCGUAUGAACCAUGUAAGCUUGUAAAUAGUCUUAAUAAAAA